AUGAAGCUAUCACGAGUACUCUGCAUCUCAGCCCAACUUCUUGUCGCAGCCUCACUGCCCAUUUCAACUUCGUCGAAAAAUGUCAACGUUGCCCUGAGCAAAAAGGCGGUGAUUGGUGAGGAGGACAUUUCGAAGCGCAUGCCUGCUGAAAAUCCGGCUGCAACACCGAAAGAGACGCCUGGAAAGGAAGCCGCAGCAGGGGGAGAAGCUGGUGCUGGAGGCGAGGGUGAGAAAAAAAAGAACGAGAAGGAAAUCGAGGGCCAGUUCAAUGUACCGGUUCGUCUUGGAGGCGCAAGUCUCAAACAGGAUGUGCUUUUCCCUCCAGGGAAAAACGGUCGUUUCGAAGUCGAGUUCCAGAACCCCAUCGGCCGAACUCUCACAGUGACUGAGAACAGAGCGCCGGCGCCCCCUCCACCAGGCUUCACAGCAGUUGAAGCGGUGUCUUACAAAGUCAACCUAGCAGAGGGAGCUCAGGGAAUGGCAUUGUCCAAGAUCGACUACAUCUUGAACACUGGCAACACCCUAGACAUCAGCAAAGGACAAAUCGGUCGACUCUUCCCCGAAGCCAAUGCUUUCAUCAUCGACCCUGCCCUGGGCGAACUCGAGUUUGAAGCCGAGGAGAACGAGCUCACUCUCAAAGUCGCAAACAUGAAUGGGGAGUUCGCUGUCUUCCUCCCACAAGCAGGUGGUGGCGGAGCUGCAGCGCGGAGUUAG